UGUGGUGUGGUGUACCAGUCCAGCAGCAUUCUUAAGAAGUUGGAUGAUUGCAAUAUAUCGUCUCAAUGCUUUUAGCAUAUUCAAUUCUCCUACCGUUCUGUUCUAUGCUUGUCCUUUGAUUGCUUUUUUACCUCGUUACAACAUUUAGUCGCACCCUGCUGAACAAGCCAGCCACUGCGACAGCCGACAACAUUCGUUUUGAGAUGGAGCCCUGCGAGUCCAGCUCAAGAUCCCCGACUCAUACAACUACAAUAUACCGAUUUAACUUGGAAACAUCCUCAUCAAACUUACUUGAAUACAUACCCGGCAUCAUUUGGGGUGUUUAAAGGGGGGAUUUAGCUUGUUGUGGAGGAGGGGGGGAUCGGCGCAUUCCAUCGGUUGUUCUGGAUGUCCAUUUUAUGAAUUACGACCUGUUACGAUAUGGAUCUCGGCGAUCAACUCACCAAUGUAUUGUCGUGUGUAAGUCAUAUUACUUGGUUGAACUCGAAAAACCGAGUAGCUAAUUAUAUCUACCCAGAACAACUUUGCAUCAAUAGCCUACGAAUAUUUUGAAGCCCAGUCGCAAACACCUUCCUUUACAACUACAAAAAAACAUUUACAAGAUGUUGAAACCGCAUGGAGGAGACAUGGCGCCCUGGUAUAUUACGACACAAAGCGAGAGGGAAUAUGGGUCUUUCAGCCAAGUCCGAAUUCCCCAAAUAAACCUCUGGAAGGGGACGAAUUGCUAAGCCAGGUCAAUCUUCCCGCUGUGCAUGGUGUCGAAUUAUUGAAGAAAGACAAAGGGGUGUAUGAGCCUUCCAAUCUGGCCCCGAACAAGUCUAUAAUGGCCACUAGCUUAAACACCCCGACUAGCACAUCUUCGCCGUCGCCGCUCGACAAUACAAUACGGAAUGCACAAAGUGUCAAUGCUAGGGCCAUGCAAGCGAACUCAGCCCAGAAUAUAUUUGAUCCGGCAGCGUCAUCUCCUGGUGUCAAGUCGACAACCGGUUCAGCCGAUGCACUCCCGUUUCUAAAAGAGGUUCAAGAGCACUUUAUAUCAUCCGUUCAGGGUUCCAUUUUACAUAGGCUUUGCAGUGACCAUGGAUUUAUUCCUCUCAAUUCACGGACGUUACUUUUCCCCUCACAAUCGCCGUCGAGAUCAAUGGCAUAUUAUCAAUCACCCAAAGUUUCCGACAACGCAGUCACUCUUGUUAACUUAGACAUCAGUCUCACCUCCUUGGGGACUUUAUUGAUAAAAGCUUGUUCUUACGUUACUCCUGGUCUUCAAAGUAUAAGUCUGUCAAAUCCAGAAAAGCUCCAAGGAAUCUUAUCCCAGGGAACUGAGUUAUGGUUAGCACCAGGGGGAAAUCCUGCGAGAUUCUACUCAUUUUAUGAUGACGAGCAACUGCCCAGUAUUCAGCCUAUUUCAGACUUACAAAAAUAUCCCGAAGAUCACAGCUGGCGCUUCCAUGGAACUACGAUAAAGUCAUGGCAGUCCCGGUGUUUAGAUUGGUUAUCGACUAAGGGGUUUGAUCCAACUUCAAUCGAGGAAGGGGGUUGGAUGUUUGUCCAGGUGCUGAAUACUAAUCAUGUGUUUUCAAACCCUGAGUACGCGGAUACGCCCUUCCCCGACGAUGGCGCUAUUGUACCUUGGCCAGCUUUACUAUGCUUCAGAGCCAUCAAAACUUCUUCUGCAGACCUUCAGCCUUCAAGCGCGGACUCUUUCGGGAGUGUUGAUCCUCUAACUUUUGCAGAGGAAUGGUCCAUGAAUGCGGAGAAACAGGCGAGCAUUAUAUUGAAUAGACAGCAGGAGCGAAAGAUACUAGAGGCUGCCAAAGAACAGGCUGAUAGGGAGGCACAAAAUAUUCAAGCAAAUGUCAAUUCCACUGCGUUAAUGGAAAAGGGCAACAAUGCUGGCGCAAUGUACCCUACGCCUCCUGACGCCGUACAUCAUCCCGGGGGGCCAACACCAUCAUUUGACGGUGCAGUCACAACGCCGGGGAACCCGGCGCACUUAUUUUCGCAUGAUCUUGAAGCCGCAAAUCCAAGCACCUCUAUCAUGACUACUAUCGACACUGAGCAUUGGGUGACUUCAGAACAAAAACAUCGCUCAAAUUCUAACAUGAACUUUAGCGAAAACGAUAAUGAUAAUGAUAAUCUAUUUGGAGAGAUGGGAGGGGACUUGUUUGGCGACACGGACAUCACCGACGCCGACUUUAACUUUUUCGACCAACCUGAUGAUAUGCAAAUGGACCCUCAGCCAGGUUCCCCCGUUGCGCCUUACUUGCCUCCAGCUCAUCAACGUAAAAUUAUUGAAAAGUCACCCAUUUUGAGUAAGCCGUCAGUACCUCAGGCAGUAUCUCAGGAUACGAUUAUGGAAGAUGCCCAGCCGGUGGAAAACAGUUUGCUGCAACCAGCCUUAAAACAGAGCCUCGCAAUGCCAGCAAAGGAUAUGGACAUUGAAAUGUCCAAUACUAGUGACAGCUUGGUAUUUCCUGCUCCACCACGGUCACCGCCAAGCAUCAUGGCUCCUUUCGACAAAGAAACAGUAUUCGGGCAGCUGGUAAAACGAACCUCAAAGUUAGCUGGCGGAUCCAGUGUGUUUGAUAAAGUCAAAUUCGAAUAUUCCCUGGCUGAGAUCGAUGAAAAAUACGGCUCUAACGGGCGAUUCCGAUAUACCGAGGAUGAGUUAAAACCACAACUUACAGAUCCGCACGAUCCUACCAACCCAGAAUCUCUUGACAGGCGGAAAAGCGAGAACAAACAUUCGGGGUCUGAGGUGCUGACUCAAAUCUUGAACAAUGAUAGUGGGCAAUAUGAGUUUGAGCUAGAUAACGGGGUGGAAUCAGACAUCGCCAAUGACUUUAACAGUGUAAGCGAUGCAUCUGAUUCUGAUGAGACACUCCCGGUAGGGCUUUCGGCUAUGGUUAGACUUGGCAUGAAACGAAAACGCUACUUUGACGAAGGUAGCAUCAGCUCAUACAACGCUUUCACCGGAGAAUAUGAGCCAUCUCCGGCAACUCCUCAAUCCAUAGUUGAGCCACAGGUUCCAAUCUUCGAAUCUGACCCUGCAGACUGGUCUCUGACGCCAUAUUUCACCUCCCCCGAACCUGACAUUCAGCCUAGUGGAUUAUCGGAUCAAGAUUUGAUCGAAACGGCUCAAAUUAUUGCAGACCAGGCUGCGUCGGGAAACCUUAGAGUGCAUGAUCAAAGUAGUCAAAAUGCGGAUACCCAUGGCCAUGCCAUAUUUGCUACUAGAAGAUUGAUGACUGCAGUCCUGAAAGCUACCAAGUCAUGCUUGAAAGAUGUUAAAAAAUGUACCCUGCGGUCAUACCUUACCAUUCCAGGAAUCCCAGUCGUAAACCCGGCCCUGCGUCUACCUCCGCGACCAAUGCCGAAUCCGAGGGCAGCACAGAACACAGACCUUUUGAGAUCGAGCAACCUGUUUCCCAUUCAACCCCCGCAGCUUGAAGUACGCAGAGGCGACUCUAAGUUGGCGGUUCUGCCUCCCGCGAUACACUUUUGGGAUAAUUUAGGCUUGGCGCCUUUCACAGGAAACAAAGAUGUCAACGCUAUUUGCAUCCAUCCGGAUAUCGUAGGCAUCACCGAGAAUGCGGAUAUUUUCCUCGACCAAAUGCGAGGUGCGUAUGAGUCAUUCAGGUUUGGUGGACACGACAGAAUUGUGUUUCCAGAUUCAUCUAAAGGUCUCAUACAUUACCCGUUUGAUGAAUACAAUCAAGGGAUUGUAAACACGAAUACUGUAGCUUGUCUAAGCUCUCUUAAGGACAUAAUGGCGCAAUUGAGCAAGAACCUUUCAAGUAUGACGGCGGAAGAGAAAAAUAUCGUCGUGUACUUCGUCUACCCUGUCGAUAAUUCGUUUCUGCUGGUAAAUAUUUGCGCUGCCUUCAAGUAUUUGUUCAAGUUUUAUAGAAAGUAUUUGUCCGAAAAGAAGCUGAAAGCUGUCAACGAACUGGUGUUGCAGCUUGUGCCCUUGGAUUUCAUGGCUGCUCCUAACUCCUUAGUAGUGCCGUCGCCAGCGGAAUAUUCGCGUCUAGCAAUGGAAGUAUAUGAUCGAUGUGUAGAUUUUGCAUCAUCUUCCACUACAGCAGCUAUUCUUCUAGAGAAACCCCUUCCCCGAAAUAUUGACUUCAAGCUGCACGUCAAUCCAUCGCCAGCAUUGUUACAAGAAAACUCAUGUCUUCAUAUUGCUUACUCUCAAAGUAUUGAUGAACGUUGGAUUACUGCGGCAUGGUCAGAUAAUAGGGGUACAAAACAAAUGACCGCUUCAUAUUGUCUUGGCCGAAAGAGUGAACCGUUCACUCUUUUCUUUACAGACAUUGCGAACGAAAUCUGGGAAACGACUCUUGAUCUGAUCUCGAGCAAAAAAGUUCACUGGCGCAUUAUCAUUGCGAAAACAGCUGUGAUGGAACAAUCCGAGAUUGAUUUCUGGACAGGUCUUGCCUCCACGGAAUCCAACGCUUCAAUCAGCCUCACACUAGUCACUGUACAGACAGAUCCAUCAUUACGGAUAUUACCUCCCCAAACAAGGAUACCACCCCCAUCUAUGACAACAACACAAUCCGCCACGACCCCCGUCUCCACACCUCAGGCAUCUCAGUCGUCCAUCUUCUCCCCGGACAACCCAUCCACACCCUCUCGUGACCCAACAACAAACGCUCCUACCCCCUCCGAAGCACCCGCAGUCCCUCAUGAACCAGAUCAAAACUCCCGCCUCCUAGACAUCACGGAUCAAACCUGGGGCGCCGUUCUUUCUCAUCGCCUCAACAACUCAAAUUCCCUCCUCGAAUUUAACCCUGCUCUAAUUUCCGGCUAUCUUAUUAAAAACAGCGGUACUAAUACCGAUGACCCGCCCUUAGUAAUGGAAGUCAAUAUUAUUCAUGCAGAAGUUGUGGGAAACCCGCGCACUUUUCAUGAUACUUUGUUGAGGGAGAUCUUGGGCUAUUACAGGGGACUAGCUACUCUAGCGAGGGUUAGGGGCGUGGUGCAUCCUGUGAGAGAUGGAAGGCCCUGGCAUGUGGCUGCAGCAGAAAAGGCAGUCAAGGCUUUGUACAUGUUGGUUUAAUGGGUUGUCAUUGCUCAGCUAUGGAAUUUUGGGGGAUCCUUUUAGAUUGGAUGGGACGGAAUCGUGCAGUUGUUUCUUUUGGGAUGUUGAUAGAUACCCCGGGUACCUCUUUUGUAUAUGUAUAUGCUUGGUUUACCCAUUGUGAAUUUGGGCUUGAAUGGGUGAAAUGGGUUGUUUAUAUGAUGAUGUUGAUUGGGAUUCGGAAGAAUAACGAAGGAAUUAUAACGAAGGAGGGAGGAAUCCGGUAUAAAUUUGUUUUGAUCAUAGGAUACGUCUUGAAUGAUUUCUGAGUAGUAAUAC